AUGACUAAAAGUAUUUCUUCUAUGUCAAUGGUAAUUGAAAUAACAAAAAUAAAAUGGUUACUUAGUUUUUAUAAAUUAAUUUUUGGUGCAUUAGAGAAAGAAAUUGAUCCUAUUGUUACUUUUAAUAUAUUCAAUGUGAAUCCAGACCCUAAUGAAAUUUCAUCAAAGAAUAAUUUAUAUGGUACACAAAGAAAAGGAAAUGGAAUAAUGCAACCACUCAUGACAGUUUUAAUGGGAGAUAUGAGUAUAUUUUGGAGUAAUAAGGAUGGUAUUAAAAUGUGUGAGGAUAUUUUCAUUGAUUUCAUUAUUAAGACAAGAUGGACAUGGUAUGAUUUCCAAGAAUCAAGAGAAUUAACAAUAAGAAUAGCAACAGAUAUUAAAAACUUACAAGAUGGAAAUGGUCCAAAAUUUGGAAUGAUUUUUCAAAUAUUCUCAAUAGCUAUUACAGGUUAUAUUCCUGAAUUUAUUAAAUCAUGUGAUCUAACACUUGUACUGAUAGUAACAGUUCCAUUAUCAUAUUUCUUUCACCGAUUUUCAAAUGGUUUGAAUGAAAUAUGA